AUGAGCUCGCAGCACCAGCAUCUGUCCAUAACGGCCAAGGGGCUGCGCGAGGAGGUGCUGCUGCUCAAGAAUGAGCUGCUCUCGCACGGCAACUGCGACGACUCCCUGAUCCAGCAGUACCUGGCCAACCAGGCGCGCAUGGUCGGCAACGGCGUGCUCAACCAGCAUCAGUACCAGCAAGAGCACGAGCACGGGAGGUGCAGCUUCAGCAGCAGCCGCCUGCCAUCGUCGACGCCUUCGCCUCGCGCGCUGAACGGCGGCAGAUAG